CCAGGUCAGCACGACCUUCUAUGUAUCUCAUCGUGGCUUUUCAGCGUUGUCUCGUUUUUACGGUCCGCUUGUCCGGUCGUGUUGCUGGUAUUAGGUUCAAGAUACCGUCAAUCCAGCGGAGUUUCGAGCCGGUCGUCUAGGAGGUUAGAGGGUUGAUAGGUAUGUUGAGAAAGUGGACCAUGCAGAAGGGAAACUUGAGCAGUAUAGAGGAAACGCGAAAGAAGUAUAAAGUGAAUGCCUUUUCUUCCUUCAAGAUCUCUUCAGUUCAACCAUAAUUUGCCUGAAUACGAGAACUGAGCAAGGAAUCAAUAUGACGUCCAAAAUCGCCCUCGCGUCACUUUUCGCGGCCGCUUAUGGCCAACAGAUCGGUACCUACACCGCGGAGAAUCAUCCUUCUCUUACUUGGCAGUCUUGUACUGCUAAAGGAUCAUGCACUACACAAAGCGGCAGUAUCGUCCUCGAUGGAAACUGGAGAUGGACUCAUGGAACGACCAGUUCGACAAACUGCUAUACAGGAAACACUUGGGAUGCAACACUGUGUCCAGAUGAUGCCACCUGUGCACAGAACUGUGCACUUGAUGGCGCAGACUAUUCUGGAACCUACGGUAUCACAACCAGUGGUGAUUCUUUGAGACUCAAUUUUGUUACUCAAUCAUCGAACAAGAAUAUCGGAUCUCGUGUUUACCUCUUAGCCGACAGCACUCACUACAAGACAUUCAAUCUUUUGAACCAAGAGUUCACAUUCGAUGUUGAUGUCUCCAAUCUUCCUUGCGGAUUGAACGGUGCUGUUUACUUCGCCAAUCUCCCCGCUGAUGGCGGUAUAUCCUCGACGAACAAAGCCGGUGCCAAGUACGGUACAGGAUAUUGUGACUCACAAUGUCCUCGUGAUGGAAAAUUCAUUAAGGGAAAAGUAAGUUCAAGUACACAUUCCAAAGGGGUUGAUGGUAAUCUGACGAAUCGCUUAGGCAAACGUUGAUGGUUGGGUACCCUCAUCCAACAACCCCAACACUGGUGUUGGUAACUACGGCUCAUGCUGUGCUGAAAUGGAUAUCUGGGAAGCAAACUCAAUCUCCACUGCUGUUACUCCUCACUCUUGUGAUACCGUGACCCAAACCGUCUGCACCGGAAAUAAUUGUGGUGGCACCUACUCGACAACACGAUAUGCUGGUACUUGUGAUCCAGAUGGAUGUGAUUUCAACCCAUACCGCCAGGGUAACAAGGGCUUCUAUGGUCCAGGAAAGACCGUUGACACCAACUCCGUUUUCACCGUCGUUACUCAGGUGAGUUUUUUUUUAGCAAUAGAUAAUUUACUAUCUCCAUUUUGAUUUAACUUGAAAGGGUUUAAGCUAACAUAAUAACCAGUUCCUCACCACCGAUGGCACCUCAUCCGGUACCCUCAACGAAAUCAAACGUUUCUACGUACAAAAUGGCAAAGUUAUCCCCAACUCCGCGUCGACCAUCUCCGGUGUUAGCGGAAACUCCAUCACCACCCCCUUCUGCACCGCCCAAAAGACUGCUUUUGGUGACCCAACCUCCUUCUCCGACCACGGCGGUUUGGCUUCCAUGUCUGCUGCUUUUAAAGCUGGUAUGGUUCUCGUCUUGUCCCUCUGGGAUGAUUACUAUGCCAACAUGCUUUGGCUUGACUCUACUUACCCUACUACCAAGACCGGUGCUGGUGGCCCAAGAGGUACCUGCUCUACUAGCAGUGGAGUUCCCGCUAGCGUGGAGGCUAGCUCUCCAAAUGCUUAUGUGGUCUACAGCAACAUUAAGGUUGGUGCUAUCAACUCUACCUUUGGUUAAGUGUUGUGUUGUAGGGAUUGGAAAAGAAAUGGUGCGUAUGGAUGGGUGGUGGAUCGAUGGAUGGCCUGACAAAUGGAUGAAUGAAUGAAUGGAUGGAUGAACGAAGAAAUGAAUCAACACGAAACACUCUUUAUUGUUCUUAUCUGGUGGAAGAUGAUACUGGGAAGUUAAAAAGACCCGUUCGUUUGAGGGGGUUGUACAUAUGAAGUUUACCUACCUAGUUUGUACAUACAUUAUCCGCUGAAUAAAAGCUUUAUAUA